UCUGAUUAACUUCUCUUCACUCUCUCUAUUUCUAUACUUAGAAGUAACUGAAGGAAUACUCUAAUAUCUGCUUGUUGUUUAAACCACCUGCAAAUUAACACAAUCAUAUUAUCGCAUGCAAAAGAAAAGCAGCAUAUCAUUAUGUGGAAGCUGAAGAUUGCAGAAGGUGGCAAUGAUCCAUACAUUUACAGCACAAACAACUUUGUGGGAAGGCAAACAUGGGAAUUUGAUCCUGAAGCAGGGACUCCUGAGGAGCGAGCUGAGGUUGAAGCUGCUCGUCAAAAAUUCUAUAAAAAUCGGUUUCAGGUCAAGCCCAGUGGUGAUAUUCUCUGGCGAAUGCAGUUUCUUCGGGAGAAAAAUUUCAAACAAACAAUCCCAGCUGUAAAGGUGGAGGAUGGAGAAGAAAUAACGUAUGAAACAGCUACAGUCUCGUUGAGGAGGGCGGUCCAUUUCUUCUCUGCUUUGCAAGCCUCCGACGGCCAUUGGCCAGCUGAAAAUGCUGGUCCUUUGUUUUUCCUUCCUCCAUUGGUGAUGUGCACCUAUAUAACGGGGCAUCUUGACAGUGUAUUUCCAGCAGAGCAUAAGAAGGAAAUCCUUCGAUACAUAUAUUAUCAUCAGAAUGAAGAUGGUGGGUGGGGAUUACAUAUUGAAGGCCACAGCACCAUGCUUUGUACAGCUUUCAGCUACAUCUGCAUGCGUAUCCUUGGAGAAGGACCUGAUGGCGGUAAAGAUAAUGCUUGUGCUAGAGCUCGAAAAUGGAUCCUUGACUGUGGUGGUGUCACUCACAUUCCUUCUUGGGGAAAGACUUGGCUUUCGAUACUUGGUGUGUUCAAUUGGUCUGGAAGCAACCCAAUGCCUCCUGAAUUUUGGAUCCUUCCAUCAUUUCUUCCAAUGCAUCCAGCCAAAAUGUGGUGUAACUGUCGCAUGGUGUACAUGCCAAUGUCAUAUUUAUAUGGCAAGAAAUUUGUUGGCCCAAUUACAUCUCUCAUUCUCCAACUGAGGGAAGAGCUCUACAUUCAACCUUACAAUCAAGUUAAUUGGGGGAAAGUACGCCAUUUAUGUGCCAAGGAGGAUCUUUACUAUCCCCAUCCUUUGAUUCAAGAUUUGAUUUGGGACUGUCUAUAUAUAUUCUCUGAGCCUUUUCUUAUACAUUGGCCUUUCAACAAGUUGAUAAGAGAGAGAGCACUUAAAGUAACAAUGAAGCACAUUCAUUAUGAAGAUGAGAAUAGUCGGUACAUUACCAUUGGAUGUGUGCAAAAGGUGUUAUGCAUGCUAGCUUGUUGGGUUGAAGAUCCAAAUGGAGAUUAUUUCAAGAAGCAUCUAGCUAGGAUUCCAGAUUACUUAUGGGUUGGUGAAGAUGGAAUGAAGAUGCAGAGUUUUGGAAGCCAGGAGUGGGAUACUAGUUUUGCUAUUCAAGCUUUGCUUGCUAGUAAUCUCACUGAUGAAAUAGGGCCUGUACUCAAGAGAGGACACAAAUUUAUCAAGGCAUCUCAGGUGAAGGACAAUCCUUCUGGUGACUUCAAGGGAAUGUAUCGACAUAUUUCUAAAGGAUCUUGGACUUUUUCUGAUCAGGAUCAUGGAUGGCAAGUUUCUGAUUGCACUGCUGAAGGUUUGAAGUGUUGCCUAUUUUUCUCAAUGAUGCCACCCGAAAUCAUUAGGGAUAAAAUGGAACCUGAGAGGUUAUAUGAUUCUGUUAACAUCCUAUUAUCAUUACAGAGCAAAAAUGGAGGUCUCGCCGCUUGGGAGCCAGUCGAAGCCCAAGAAUGGUUGGAAUUGCUGAAUCCCACUGAAUUUUUUGUGGACAUAGUGAUUGAGCACGAAUAUGUUGAGUGCACCUCAUCAGCUAUCCAAGCUUUAGUUUUGUUUAAGGAAUUAUAUCCAGGAUAUAGAAAGAGAGAGAUUGAAAAUUUCAUCACAAAAGCAGUUGGCUACUUGGAAAAUGUUCAAUUGUUUGAUGGUUCAUGGUAUGGAAAUUGGGGAGUUUGCUUCACAUAUGGUACUUGGUUUGCACUUGAAGGAUUGGCAGCAGCUGGCAAGACGUACAACAAUUCUGUAACUAUGCGUAGAGGUGUUGAUUUUCUUCUUAAAUCACAAAGAGAGGAUGGUGGUUGGGGGGAAAGUUAUCGUUCUUGCCCAGAAAAGAAAUACAUACCUCUUGAAGGAAACAAGUCAAAUUUAGUUCACACUGCAUGGGCUAUAAUGGGUUUAAUUCAUGGUGGACAGGCAGAAAGAGACCCAACUCCUAUUCACCGUGCAACUAAGUUGAUAAUUAAUUCUCAACUAGAAGAUGGUGAUUUUCCCCAACAGGAAAUUACAGGAGUGUUUAUGAAGAACUGCAUGUUACAUUACGCAAUGUAUAGAAAUAUUUUUCCACUGUGGGCUCUUGCUGAAUACCGAAGGAGGGUUCUGUUGCCUUCCAAGACUAAUGUUUGAGAAAAUCAAUACAGAAGCAAGUUAAUUACUAUUGAAAAAUUGGCUUUUUAGAUCCCACAUUGAUUAUUUUAUUUUUUUUGUAUUUUACCAAAGACUAUAAAUAGAAGCCUUGGUUUUAAUUCAAAACAUUCCAAAAACAAUUGUAACCAAAUACAAUUGUUUUGAGAGAAUCCUAUUAUUAGGGAUCUCUAAUAGUUUUAUAUUUUCUUUGUAACUAUUCUUUGAAGAUAAUGAAAGUAAUCAACAACACCGAGGACAUAGGUAUAUUUAUUGAACCA